AUGGAAGUAGCGUCACGCUCAGCGCGCCUGGCAUGGGAUGUGUUCUCACGAGGAGGGCGACAGCACAAGGUCAUCUAUCUCAUCAGGCACGCACACACGUCCUUCUCUGCUCCGCCCCCGCACACCCCCCUUCCAUCCGCGCCCAUACCCCUCGCGUCCCACCUCCCCCUCUCCCGCUCCGCCUCUGCUUGCCCUUCUGCUUCUCCUCCCCCUGCGCCACCCCACACCUCUCCCCCGCUGCUGCCCUGUCAAGCGUACCGCCAUCACCUGCGCCGCGGCCAUGACGUGCCGCUCUCCCCUCUCGGCAGACAGCAGGCUAUGGAUCUGCACCCCACGCUCAUCCACAUCGCCCAAAAGUCCCAGCUAGUGAGUCCGCCGUUGCUGUUAGUGGGUCUGCGAUCGCUUCUUUCUUUGUUCCCUUCCCAACCUUCCAUCAUCGGUCCUUUAACCAUUCUGCCAUGCCCUCCCUCUUUCUUAUUCCUUCAUCCUCAUUGCUUUCUUCCUGUCCUCCUGUCGUCCCACCCCCCUGUCCGCCUGUCUCCUUCCCCAUGCCCUGCACAUGCCCCAUCAGCUGCUAGUGUCGCCGCUCUCCCGUGCGCUGGAGACUCUCUGCUAUGCCUUGCACCUCAACACUCCCACCGCCACCACGUGCCACUGCUGCAACGCCCCCUGCACCACCACCAGCAUUCUCGGCCCGCCAUGCUGCACCGCUCCACACUCCUCCAACGCACCUCAUCAUCCCUUCAACUCAUCUGCAAAACCUUUGAACUCGAUCCACCAAUACUCGCCUCCGACUUCCCGUUCCCCUUCCUCUCCUUCUCUCACCUCCCGCACCACUGGUGGCCCCACCACCCGUCCCACCCUCCACCCACACCCCUCCCUUCCACACACACUCCUCCUGCAAUCCCUGCCACGCCAUCCCCUGCAUCACCGCCCCCGCCUGCACCGAUCACAGGCCCAGCAGCAGCAGCAGCAGGUACAUGGGGUGCGGUAGCGGAACCACGUGGUGCUCCAGCAUCCUCUCCCCCUUGCACAACCCCCCUGCCCUUCGCCCCCACUCUGCCUGCCCCCUCCUCAGCUGCUAGCAAUCCGCCCUCCCUGCAUGAGCCCAGAGCCAUCCUUCGCAAGCGUGUGGGAGAGUUCCGCCGUUUUCUCUUUGCGUGCCCCGAGGCCACCAUCGCUGUCAUCGGCCACUCCACUUUCUUCAUGGAGUUCUUAGCAUCGCGGCGACGCAUGAAGAACUGUGAGAUUGUGAAGAUCUGCUUAUAG